AUGACAUCUGCGGGAGGUCCCUACGUCGAAGAUGGUUCUCCUCCCGUUGGCAUCGUUGAUAUGGGGAUCGCCCCAAAUUCAACACAGAAAACCAUCUACGACUACAGUUUUAGUUCAGGUUGUAGGCAAUAUCCCUUCAAGAAGAGGUUUUGCCGUCCCCGCUUCGUCUAUCUGUUGGCUAUAACUCUUACAUCUUUGGCCACCGUCUACUUUGUGGUGAGUUGUUUUGGCUUCAUACGUGCAAGACCUGAGAUAGUUGGACUGAGUAGGUUACUAGCAGCUGCGGGCGAUAGACCAUGCCAGGAGGGCACAAAUGCAGGUGAAGAUAACGGGCAGGCGUUCAAUGAUGGAGGGUUCGAAGGAGCUUCCGGGGAGGGUGACGGUGCACAACUACAGGCCGACGACGAUACACCUCCGAAAGGAACUACUACACAACGACUGCAAUUAGCAACAGCUACUCCUGGCCUCUUUGAAAUGCCCAGUCAACUCACUGCUCCAGAAGAACGAGAUACUGCUGCCGCAGCAGCGGGUUUUUCGACGGAUUCGCGGCACCAGGGGCACUUUGCCGUUGAUCUCCAGGGUGGUCCAAAAUCUCAAGAGGGCCAAGCGAUGUAUGGCAGUGAAGCUGGAGGAACCAUGGAACCAUUUUUUGGAGGGCCAGAUGGAGGAGAGCAUGAUGGAGGUGUACUAGGUGUAGAGCCUGAGAGAGAGCUGCGUGGAGAGGUCUUGGAGAUGUGGGAACAACGGGGCUUACCUGGGUAUGUUCGUCAGGAGGUUCAGAAUUUGUUUGUGCGGUUGGUAGAUGUUGCAUCGUCGUGCCGACGCCUUUUACGGGCGGUAGACCCGGCAACAGGCUUGCGCCUGACGCACGAAGUGGUUAGGUUGCUGGGACUGGAUCUUGGUGCAAUUUCUCUCAUUCGGAAUGAUCUAGAGCCCUUCCGCUCGAUGCUGGGAGACGCUCUUGUGGAGUUGGGGUUGGACGCCUUACAACUCACUGGGGAAAACGUUGGGCUUGAAGAGCAGCGCACCGAUAUUGGCAAACUGAUACGUGUGAUGAAGGAACUCAAAGCGCCGCGGCCAUUUACAGAAAAUAUUACCGGCAAAAGGUACAAGGAUGCGACGCUAUCUAUUCUGCGCACGGCAGAAGUGGUUGAAAACUUUUGCAGGAGAGUCCUUGAAGGGCUCCUUAGGUCCGCGGGACUCGCAGAAGGGCUGGGGCAGAUUGAAUUUGAACAGCAGAUGCGUGUUCUAAAAGCACUUUACCGUGUUCACUCCAAUCACAUCGCCAGGGAUGGCUCACUACGAUAUUACAUCGUACUGAUCCAGAGACAGCUAGGAGAGAGUCCGCUCCUCAUGCCCCACCACCGCACAAUGGCCAUACAGCAGGUGCCGCCACUCGUGAAUUUGGUAGAGGAAAUCAUUGAAGCUGUCCGCAACUCCGGCGGUCAGCUACUGCAACCACAAGUGGACCAGCCACACCACCACGGCUCGCCGAGAAGCCUGCUACCUACGACCGUUCCGAGAUUGCCUUCGCCUGCGCAGUCCCAUGAAUUACCAGGGCGCGCACAGCAACAGCAAGGAAUCGAGCGAGGGUCCUUGCCUUUUCUUGCACCCGCAGGCUCAGCGGCACUCGGAACUCCAGAGACAACUGCCAACCCAGUAUCUGCACCCUAUGCGCAAAGACCAGCAAGUCCAUUGGGCCACCGGAAACCCCACUCGUCCGCCUCUUCCCUAGAGCAUUUUGGAGCGAAUCUUGAAGCCCUCCAGACGCUGCCUCCUUCGCCGCCUUUCUCGCCCUGGGGCGCUGGGGCGCAUGCAUCGUCACAGGGUCUUCAAGAUACGCCUUCGCAGUUUCCGCAGACACCUACCUACACAAGUUCAGCGGCUGUCCAAAGCCAUCAGGCAGCCAGUGAGCGAUUCGCGCCGUUUGAAGCGCAACUUCCAGCAUGGUUCGUUGGCCAGCGAACAAUUCCAGUCGCUGCGUCAGCUGCUCAUUAUGAUCUGGCACCGUUCAUUGGCCGUGGAGGCUACCGCUUGCAAGCCUCCCCGUCUGCAUUCUCCGAAUCCGAACGUGGUCAUCCGUUGACUUCGACGCGCCCUCAAGUACAAGAUAUCCAACGAACGCCUGCGGCACCUCCUUGGACAACGUCGUCGAAAAGCGAAUCCCCUUCCUUUGACGGUCCAAAGGGCUUUGAAGAUGCGGGUGCUAGCGCGUCGGAAGGCAGUAGAUUGAGAGCGCCUCAUGCACAUUUUAGCCACGGUGAUGAGGCCGCUUCCUAUCCAGGUCCCAGCCCGCCAAUAAGCGACUUACCGGGAGCAUUCUCUAGUGUAGAACAACACCAGGAUUCGCUGCGCAGCGAGUACAGCCUCUUUGGGCAGUUUAGUCAACCGCCAUGGUUUCCAUUCUCAGUUGCGCCUGCUGGCCAGCCUUUGAUUCGAGCCUCUGGCGAGACGCGCGCCCCCAAGCCAGAAACUGCUAUUGGGCAGAGCGAAGACGAGGGCAGCCUGGCGGGAAAUGUACCGUUCGAACAUCUGAGCCUAAAUGACGGCAUUGCACGAGGGGGCGAACGCUCUACCGAGAAGUGA